AUGGGAUAUAAUAUAGAAAUUCCAAAAGAUGAACAAGGGAAAUAUGAUAUGAAGAAAUUAAGAGAACAUUUUAUGAAAGGAGGAGGGAUAAAAGAGAAAUCGAUUCAUGAAAUAAAUGAAAGAAUUCAAAGGAUAGUUAAAGAAGAAAAGAAUAUAAUUGAAAUAAAUGAUAAUGGACUUUUAUUUGGAGAUUAUCAUGGACAAUAUUUUGAUUUUUUAACACAACUGGAAGAUAAAUAUUGGGAGAAAAAAGAAGCAACAAAAAUAUAUCUUGGAGAUUAUGUUGAUAGAGGACAAAUGAGUACAGAAAUAAUAAUAACAUUAUUUUGUAUGAAAAUAAAUAAUCCUAAGAAAAUAAUAAUUUUAAGAGGAAAUCAUGAAACAAGAAUGAUGACAGAAAGGAUGGGAUUUAUGAAAGAAUGUCAAAAGAAAUAUAAUAUUAAUAUAUAUUAUGAAUUUUGUGAAAGUUUUAAUUAUCUUCCACUUGGAGUAAUUAUUAAAAGAAAAAUAGGGAAAUUUUUUUGUUGUCAUGGAGGAAUUUCACCAGAAAUUAAUAAAAUAGAAGAAAUUAAUGAAAUUAAUAGAUUUUGUGAACCACCAAGUAAAGGAAUAAUUUGUGAUUUAUUAUGGUCAGAUCCUAUUACAGAAGAAUUUUUAAAUGAACAUUUAGAUUUUAAAAUGUAUUAUCAAUCAAUUGAUUUUAUUCCUAAUAUAGAAAGAAAUUGUUCAUAUAAAUAUGGAUAUAAAGCAAUUAAUAAAUUUCUUCAAGAUAAUCAAUGUAUUGCAAUUAUUAGAGGACAUCAAUGGGUUAAUGAUGGUGUUGAAAUGCAUUAUUUUGGAAAUAAUCAAUUAAAUUUUCCACUUUGUUUUACAAUUUUUGGUGCAACACAUUAUUCAUUUAAAAAUAAAGCAGCAGUUAUGCUUAUUACUGAUACAAAUAUUGAUAUUAGUAAAUAUCCAAUAUCAUUAGUUGAUAAUGAUUAUAAUCCUACUAUUGAAUAUGCUUUAAAUUAUUCAUUAGAUAUUAUAAUGGAAAAUAUUAGUUCAUUUAUUAAACAAUUUAUUUAUUUAACAUUUACUACUGAUGAUAUAGAUGAUAAUUUAAAUGAUUUAAAUGAUAAUGAUGAAAAUAAUUUGAAUGAUGAUUUUUGUAUUUUUGAUUGUCCUGAAAAUGAUGAAUUAUCUCAUUCUUUUCUUCCACCAAUUAUAUCUUCUCAAUUUAAUCCUACUCAAAAUUUAAUAAAUCAAAGUUUUAAUCAAAUUAAUCAAUCUAUUUCAUCUCAAAUUAAUAUUAAUAUUAAUGAUAAUAUUAAUGAUAAUAUUAAUGAUAAUAAAAUAUUAUUUAGAUCAUUUAAUGGUAAUGAUAUUAAUAAAUUAACUAACAACAUUUUACAUUCAUCAAUUGGUACACAACAACCAUCAAUUUAUGAACAACAUUUUGUUCAAAAAAUUCGAGAAGAGUCUACUCCUUUAACAUUAGAUGAACUUCGUAUUAAAUUCCUUGAACUUCAAAAUAAAUCAAAGACUACUCUUAUUUAA